CAUCAAACACCCAAAGAAAAACGAUCUAGCACUGUAAAUAGCAAAGGUACACGUAUGCUAAUUGGACAGGUGAGGUCGUUGCUAGUACAGGUAAGAUGCCUUAUAUGUGUUGAAGUCGCCAAGUGUAUGUGUGCGUGUGUAUGUGUGUGUGUGUGCAUUUGUAUUCAGCUGGUGUGUGUGUGCCUGUGAGUGAAGGUGUGUAGGUAUGGAGGACAAGAGUGUGUGUGUGUGUGUGUGUGUGUGUGUGUGUGUGUGUGUGUGUGUGUGUGUGUGUGUGUGCGAAGGCCUGGCAACGCAUCCUGUCUGUUUUGGUAAGUUUUGGUGGUCGGGGAUAUGGUCGGGGGCAGGCAAGCGAGGCAAAGCGAGGUAAAGCAAGGUCGGUCAGUCGGGCUUGUCGGGUUAGCUAGGCGAGGUGAGGGGCAAGAUGCUGGGGCGGGGAAACAUCCCGACCCCUGGCGCUGGUGGCCGGGCCGCGUCCCCUCGUGGGCGUGACGUCAGGGGAAGCGGAUGCAGGCGGGUAUAUCUUAGCGCGUCGCCACACUCCACCUUCAUAUCCUCCGCCGCCUCCACCGCACACACACACGAGGCGUCACUCACUAGAACCUCAGCUCACACGCGGUUCACCUGUGCCAUUACGCCAUUACGCAUUCCAGCAUUACCUGCGUCUUAUACAACGGUCACACACACACCUGUUUCACCUGUUUCAACGUCGUAUAUAUGACCGUAAAAACACAGGUGCUUAACUUCUUCCAUUACUUAAACGGCUUAACGCAAUUAGCUUCACCUGUAAAUACGUAAAGCAUAAAUAAAAGCUCACCUGUGUUAAUUAGUCCCGUAACUCCUGGCCCACCUGUGUUACGAGGAAGACUACCUGAGUUAAUUAGCCUGUUAAAGCCCUCACCUGUCAGCCCUGCCUAACUCCGUCCCCAAUGAAGCUGCUGACCACUCGCAGCAUGGGGAGCGUGAAGGAGGGCGCGCAGGGUGACGGGGGCAAGGGCGGGGCCAGGAAGGGGGGCGCCGCUGCCAAGGCCGAGGUCGGAGCGUGGGGCCGCGUGGUGUCGGCGGCCAGGAGCGUCACCGUGGAGCCGCUGAUGCUGCUGGACGGCCUCGCCUUCUCCAACAUGCACGUGUACAUCGAGAACCUGCAAAUGGACCGCGUGUGCCGUGUGACCUGCGGCUUCACGGAGGAGGUGUGCGGCGACCUCAAGGCCCAGCACGGCGCCAGCGUGGAGGUGCAGAAGAGCUACAGCGUCUUCGCACUCUACAACGGCAUCAUCGCGGCCGCCCUUCCCCUCUUCUUCAUCCUCUUCAUGGGCGCCUGGAGUGACAAGUACGGCCGCAAGGUUCCCCUCGUGGCCGUGCAGGUGGGCCACGUCCUGCACGCCGCGGGGUACCUGCUGGCGGCCCUCGUCCCGUCCUGGCCUGCUGAAAUCCUCCUGCUGGUGACACUGCUGGACACGCUUGGGGGCGGCGCCGUGUCCUUCCUGACCGUGGCCAACUCGUACAUCGGUGACGUGUCCCCCGAGGAGUCCCGUACCUCCCGCGUGGGCCUCGCUAACAGCAUCUGGUUCCUGGGCGGCCCCUUCGGCACCCUCAUGGGCCGCUACAUCUACGGGGCGGGCGGCUACCUGGCCCUCUUCACCACCUCCCUCGUCCUCUCCGUCAUGGCUGUCAUCUACGUCGCGGUGUUCCUCCCUGAGAGCCACGGACCCUUCAAGAGGAAACCCACCACGCAGACGGAGGCGCAGAAGGCGAGUUUGGAGCUCCGGGACAGUGUGGCGGCGGUGUACGGGCUUGAGGGGCGGAGUGACGCGGCCAAGAGACAAGCCGACCCCCGCCCUUCCGUCGGCACCAUGGUCAAGGCGUUCUUCGACCCCCGCCGCAUCAUGGACAGCUUCAGGUCCACGCUGCGCCGCCGGGAAGGGAACACGCGAGCCCUCAUCCUGACCCUCAUCUUCACCAGCCUCCUGAGACGCAUGACCCGAUCCCCCUACGUGUUCGCUUUCACCCGCCAUGAGCUGGGGUGGAAGGCCGCCGACUAUAGCCUCUGGGUCACCUUCAAGAACCUUAUGGCCACGGCAGGUUCCUUGGUAGCGGUUCCCCUCCUAAGCGGUCACCUCGGCGUGCCUGACAUCGUGUUGGCCCUGGUCGGCGCCGCGUCUGGCAUCCUCGAAUACGUGAUCUAUGGGUUCGUGUCCCAGGCCCGCCCCAUCCUCAUCUGGAUUGGCCCUCUGGCGGCGCUUCUCCUCAACUCCUGCACCAUCGCCCAGCGCUCCAUGAUGACCAAAUUCGUGGCCAAGGAUGAAAUCGGCAAGGUCUCGGCCGUGCUGGGUGCCCUGGACGGUAUGAUGCCCAUGGUGAACUCCGCCCUCUACACCGCCGUCUACCACGCCUCCGUCAGUGCGUUCCCCUCCGCGCACUUCUUCCUCGGGGUGGGAGCCAGUGUCCUCAUGCUCGUCUUCUUCUGCGUCCUGAGAUGUGCUGAUAAGUCCGGGCAGUACGAUGUGGAGGGCGCCAAGGUCACCCCACAGAAGGGACCCGUCAGUAACAAGUCCAUGGUCAUCCGAACUAACUCCUGGUGGGUGACUAGCGAUGCCCUGGCCCUUGCCCUGACCACCCCCGACCACUCAUCCACUCUUCACCCACUUCAGCAGUACCCCAGUGACUCCCCCAACAGGCAGUACCUCCCCCAGCAUCCCUCCACCUCUCCCACUGUAAUCCUCGCCCCUUCCACUCUCCUCCCCCGUCAGAAGCUUACUCAAGAGGCAACACCCAAGUCCUCAGUCAAAUUCCCGCACCUUCCGGCUAUCCAAGAGUCCCCAGUUCACCUUGAGGUCAUUCAGGAGGUCCCAAACAGCCCCCAGAUCCUAGAGUGCGCCCCCAAAAGGCUCUCAUGGUCUCGUAAGGUCAUGUUAGGUCUGAAGUCCCUUGUGAAGACCAUCGCUAAGCCGAAUUCUGAAGGAGGCGCUGAAGGAGUGAUCGAGAGGAAGGUUGCGAUCUCGAGUCUCUUUGUGAAUAUUAAUAGUAUGGCCGGUGAUGUGAUGUUCCCGAAGGAGGAGGUGAAGGAGGAGGAGGUGAAGGAGGUGGUGGUAGUGAAGGAGGAGGAGGAGGUGGUGGUUGAGGAUCCAAGUGGAAAUACUACUGAAGGAUGCCCCAAGAAGCUUCCCUAUCCAGUGUAAGAAUGUGAAGGAGAGAAGGAAAGAAGGAAGAUGAUCAGAAUGUAAUGAAGGAAGGAAGAAAGAAAGAGAGGAAGAAAAGAAUGAAGGAUGCGAAGAAGAAUGAAGACAAGAAAGGAAAGAAGAAUAAGAUGAAGAAAAGAAUGACAAGUGAAGAAGAAAGAAAAGAAGAAUAAAAGGAACAAAGGAAGAAUGGAAGAUACGAAAUAAGGACGAACACAAAAAAAAAAAAGACUGACAAAGAAUGACCCAGAUACUCAAAUAACUCGUCACUGCCAUUAACACACACACACACACACACACACACACACACACACACACACACACACACACGCGCGCGUUGUAGUUCCUUUACAAUCAUCUGCAUCCCCUUCCAGUAUCUUUAUGCAUGAAGAGGGAAGAGGAAGGAAAGAAGGAGAGAAGAGGAAGAGGGAGAGGAGGAGGAGUAUCAGGGAAGAGGAAGAAGAGGAAUUAAAUACUCUCCCUCAUUCUGUUAGGCAGCUAAUUAUGUUCCUCUUUGUAUAUAUUUAUGAAGAAAAGGAGGAGGAAGAGGAAGAGGAGGAAGAACGAAGUAGUUUUCCUCAUAAUUUUAAAAAGGCAGCUAUUCCUAACCCCUUUGUCUUUACUGAGAAGAAGAAGAAGAAGAAAAAUAAGAUGAUGAUGAUGAUGAUGAAGACAAAGGGAACCAGCUGUUAUUUAUGAUACACAAGCUUUACUAGUCUUUAUUGAACUGUGAUACCCACGAUUCACUUAUAUUUAUUGUGUUAUUUUACUACUGUUAGGAGGAGGAGGAGGAGGAGGAGGAGGAGGAGGAGGAGGAGGAGGAAAAGGAGGAGGAGUUGUUAUUGCCUAUGUAUGCUAUUGUGGGUUUAAUUUAUUGACUGGGGUAUUUAUAUUUGUACUGUUUGUUUACGUUGUUAAAUAAAGCAAAAACGAACUUAUGCUAAUGUCUAUGAUUGUCUCCUUGUAACCUGGACUCCGAGGCAUUAAACUGAAUUACUUGAGUCACCCUUUUGAAGUACACGUUUUCU